AUUCUUGAGAAAAAUGGCGGAUGAUUACUAAAAAACCAUGUUUUUCACUCUGUUUUCAAAUUCAUACCUUGUAUAGUUCGCACCUCGGCAAGAACAUCGUGACAUCUCAAAAAUAAUGGAUUUUUAGUAUUAUACAUCAUCGUAUUCGUUUUCACGAGCUCUACAGUUCAAGAACAACGUGACAAACAUAACUCAAACCGUACCCGUUUGGAGUGCUGAUCACAGUAUUCUUGUGAGCAGUUGAUGAGGAUAAUAAGGCAAGAACAUCGUAUCUUCCAGCCAGUAGUGCUGCGACAUUGGUAGAGGAAGGACCCUACGUCAAGAAGAACGUGACAUCGAGAUGGCACAGUCUUCUUGCAUCAAGAUACCGAAGAGCAGAGGGGAGAAACUUUUGAGAAUGGUAAAAGUUGUGCCAGCAACUUCUCACAUUCAACAUCCGAAGAAAUCGCUCAUCGCCCAAAAUGUUGAUGAGUCCUGGAAGCUGGAUCCUGGCAGUGUUUGGGCGGAGCUGAGUUUUGAACACAAACAUUUUUAUUGUGAAAUAAGCAAUGAAAAUAUUACAUUGUUAAAAAUGACGCUACUGUCUGAUGGGUCUGACACAACUAAGGUGAGUGAAAAUAAACAAGAGAAUAUGGAAGAGAACAAUAAUUCGACAAUAACUCAUCAAAUGACCUUUGAUGACUUGGAUCAACCUCAACCCAAAAUCACCAAUGAAGAACUUGCAUCUCUUCUAGUAGAAUCAAUUGCUCAUGUAGAGACCCAGCAGAAUCUCACAAGCAUGUUAGAUCAACUGCAAAAUUUCGCUCAAACACAUCAAGUUUCUCCAUCUGACGCCAAUGAUGAAUUUCUCACAGAUGUAGCUGCAGAAACUGACAACCGUUUCACAGGUGAUGUUCCUGUUCUAUGUUCUCAAGAAGAAGUUAUCGAUAAUGAGGAGGAUGAACUGAGUGACGCUCCAUCCACAUUAGUGGCAAAAAAGGGAAAGAAAAGAAUAGCGUAUCCUUCAAAGUGGGAAGACAAUAAAAGAAAAAUACUCCGCAAUACUGGCCAACAAUAUAUCAGUAAAAAAAGUAAGACAACUAGACCUGCUCGAGCUUUGAAACCUGCAUGUGAUGACUGUAUUUUCGACUGUGCAUCUAAAUUCAGUGAGGAAGAUAGGCAAAAAAUAUUCUCUGAACAUUGGGAAAUUGGAGAUGUAACGAGGCAGAGAGAGUUCAUCACUCAUCAAAAAAAGGAUGUAACUACCCAUAAUCAAACUGAUAAAUCCAGAAAAGUGAACUGGGCUUACUAUUUCACUAAGAAUGGUAAGGAAAUUCGGGUUUGUAAAGUUUUCUUCAUGAACACAUUGGAUAUCACAAGACGCACUAUUCAAACUUCUCGUGAAAAGCUAAAUUCAAGUGCAUUUCUUGAAACAGAUCAACGCGGUAAGCACGGUAGACAUAAGAAAGUCGAAGAAUCGGUUAAGAAAGGGAUUCGGGAUCACAUCAACUCCAUACCCCGAAUAGAGAGCCACUAUUUACGGAACCAAACGACUAGAGAGUAUAUAGAACUAUAGAAGGUGGCAAGACAAUUGCUUCUCUCUAUCGUGACUACGUUGAAAAGUGUAAAGAAACUGGGGAGAAGUUUGGAAACUUAACAAUGUUCUCACGAAUUUUCAAUCAAGAUUUUAAUUUAUCAUUUUUCACCCCGAAGAAGGACCAGUGUGAAGUAUGUGCAGUUUUUGAAAAUUCUCAUGGUUCUGUUGGAGAGGAGCAGGCUGCUGAAUACAAAAAACAUCAGGAAGAUAAACAACAAUCCAGAAUUAUUGAAAAAGAGAAAGAUAAGAGGGAAACUGGCAAUGGAACAAUUGUAUGUGUGUAUGAUUUACAAGCAGCUCUCCCAUGUCCCAUCAGUGACGCUUCUGUUUAUUAUUAUAAAAUGAAAUUAGCGACUUAUGACUUCACUAUCUACGACAUUAAGAGCAAGGAAGGAUACUGCAAUGUAUGGCACGAGGGUGAAGCGUGGCGAGGUGCCAAUGAAAUUGGAUCAUGUGUUUCAAGUUCAUUGAGGAGAAAUCAAUUCAAUCUACAGAAGACUUGGAAUUUAUUUUUUACUCAGACAACUGUCCUGGACAAAACAAAAAUAAAUUCAUUCUAGCAAUGUACAUGUAUGCUAUUCACAAGUUCAAGAAUGUGAAAUCAAUAAUUCACAAGUUCCUGAUAAAAGGUCACACACAGAAUGAAGGUGACAAUAUGCAUUCUGUCAUUGAACAAGAGAUAAAGAGAGCUAGAAAGUCUGGGCCAAUUUAUGUUCCAGCUCAGUACACACAGUUGAUCAGAUCUUCGAAGAAAACUGCCCCAUACUACCAGGUAAAAGAAAUGGACCACACCGAUUUUUUGGAUUUCAAGAGCCUUGUACAAAAACUGGGGAAAAACUUGAAUGUAAAUACGGAAAAUGAAGGAUUCAAUUUCAAUGAUCUAAAGGUUAUAAAAGUGGAUCAAGAAACCCCUCCAUUCGUUUAUCAAUAUAAGACUUCAUAAUAUGAUGAUGAAUUCAAGUUUGUUGACUUAUACCAAAAGAAAAGAACAAGCACUAGAAAAUCAAGUCGAUCCGGUGAUGGAGACAUAUCGAUGGAGAAGAAAGGUGUAAUGGACUUGUGGGGAGAAAAUAAGGCAUACGCAGAACCGACUGGGAUUUCUCUUAGGAAAAACAGGAUUUAAUGAGUUUGUUAGAAUCUCGCCUAGUAUCUACUGCUUACCGCGAAUUUUAUGAGUCGCUCAGAGUUUCCAAGUGAAUUAUUUCAAUCAAUAUUUUUGAUGUUUGUGAUUUUCAUAAUUUUAGGUUUUGUACUUUUCAAUAUCAAUAUAGGUUUAGAACAUUUUUUGAAAAGAAAUUUUACAUAUUGAUGGCUGUAAUGGAUGAGAAAGGUGUAACGGGCUUUUGGGGAAAAAAGGCAUAUGCAGAACCGACUGGGAUUCCUCUUGGGGAAAAAAGGAUUUAAUGAGUUGGUUAGGAUCUUGUCUAGUAAGUAUCUACUGCUUAACAUGAAUUUUAUGAGUCGCUCAGAGUUUCCAAGUUAAUUAUUUCAAUUAAUAUUUUUGAUGUUUGUGAUUUUUAUAAUUUUAGGUUUUCCACUUUUCAAUACCAAUAUAAUUCUUAACAUGAUUAUUUUUGUUAUAGGUUUAGAAAUUUUUUAGAAAUAAUGUAGGCUGUGUGAAUGAAAUUUAGCUGAUAGUUCUUGUUUUACUUGAACUUAUAUCUGUAAAGUAGCUCAAGUUGAAAGCUCAUGACAUUUGUUCCUGAUUAAUAGUUACUAAAGACUGAUUGAAACUAUUAUCUAGCAUGUAAGCAUGUACAUAAUCAGAUAAGCCUGUUUCUAAUUCACUCAAAGAAAAUGUGACUGAUAGUUCUUGUUUAGCUUGACAUUAAAGUAGCUCAAGUUGAAUGCUCAUAACAUGUGUUCCUUAUAAUAUAUACCAAAGACUGAUUGUUGUAAACUAUUAUCUUGAAUUGAACAAUUAAGUAAAACAUCCCUUCCACCCAUGGUUAGCUAUGUUACCUAUGGGAAAAGUUUAGCAAGGGUGGGAAAAAAGAAUGUAUGUAGGAGUAUCCUUAUUAUCAGUUUCUAUGGAGAAGGUAGCCAAUGACGAUCUCAGCAAGUACAGAAUCA